AUGUCUAAGAUCACAGUCGCCGGAGUGCGCCAGAAUAUCCAGCAGCUGCUGGACUACUCUCAGAAUGAGAAGAAGAGAAACUUCCUCGAGACUGUCGAGCUUCAGAUCGGUCUGAAGAACUACGAUCCCCAGCGUGACAAGCGUUUCUCUGGCACCAUCAAGCUGCCUUCCGUUCCUCGCCCCAACAUGACCAUCUGUAUUCUUGGUGACCAGCACGAUCUCGACCGUGCUAAGCACCACGGUAUUGAUGCCAUGUCCACCGAGGAUCUUAAGAAGCUUAACAAGAACAAGAAGCUCAUCAAGAAGCUUGCUCGCAAGUACGAUGCCUUCCUUGCUUCCGAUGGUCUCAUCAAGCAGAUCCCCCGUCUCUUGGGUCCCGGUCUUUCCAAGGCUGGUAAAUUCCCUACCCCCAUCUCUCACGCCGAGGACAUGGCCAACAAGGUCACCGAUGUCAAGUCCACCAUCAAGUUCCAGCUUAAGAAGGUUCUCUGUCUCGGUGUUGCCGUUGGCAACGUUGGCAUGACUGAGGAUGAGCUGAUCGCCAACGUCAUGUUGGCCAUCAACUACCUUGUCUCCCUCCUCAAGAAGGGCUGGCAGAACGUUGGCAGCCUUGUCCUCAAGGCUUCCAUGUCUCCUCCCAAGCGUCUCUACUAA